UCAACUCACUUGUCAAUGUCAAAUAAUAAAGUAAUAGCACGCCUUGUCGUCGUUUCUAACCUCUUCAAAUUGCUUAAUUGUUUCUAUUUAUCAUAAUUGUUAGUUUUCAUAAGUGUAGUACGUGAACAUUAAAUCCUCAAAAUGGUUAAAGUGCGUUCAGCAUCGGGUCCCCCCCGAAAACAGGGGUUCAACAAAUCUGGGCACUCCAUGAACCCAGAAAGGCCCACCGAAGGGUUGAAAGGAGUAGGGAAUCCCAGGACCAAAGGGACUAUAAAAAGGCUCCAGAUGUACCGUAAUUUCAAAGCCAAGAGAGAUAAAACUGGUAAAAUACUGACACCUGCGCCGUUCCAAGGCUGGCUACCGUCCGGGUCGACCGCUCGAGUUGAGCCAAAUCAGAAGUGGUUCGGCAACUCCCGCGUCAUCACACAAAAUGCACUGCAGAAGUUUCAAGAAGAACUGGGAGCAGCUGUCAAGAACCCGUACCAAGUAGUCAUGAAACCCACCAACUUGCCCAUCACUUUACUAAAUGAAAAGGCAAAACAAGCUCGAGUACACUUGCUGGAUACAGAGAGUUUUGACAAAACAUUUGGCCCAAAGAAGCAAAGAAAGAGGGUAAAUCUGAAGUUUAAUGAUUUUCAGACAUUAUCAAAAGCUGUUGAAGAAAAUACUGAGAAUUACAAUGAGGAGAAAGAUAUUGACAGGGUGCGAGAGGACACAGGAGUUAAAGAGGGCCAGCGGGACUGGGUGUUUGGCGCGGGCAUGAGCAGGAGAAUAUGGAAUGAACUUUACAAAGUUAUUGAUUCAUCAGAUGUCCUGUUGCAGAUACUGGAUGCCCGUGAUCCCAUGGGGACUAGGAGUCCUUUUGUAGAGAACUUCCUAAAAAAGGAAAAACCACACAAGCACUUAAUUUUCAUCCUCAACAAAGUGGAUCUGGUUCCUAAUUGGGUAACACAACGGUGGGUGGCUAUUCUCAGUUCAGAGUACCCAACUAUUGCCUUCCAUGCAUCCCUUACUCACCCCUUUGGUAAAGGAUCCCUGAUAAACUUAUUGAGGCAAUUUGCUAAACUCCACAUUGAUAAGAAACAAAUCAGUGUUGGCUUGAUCGGAUAUCCAAACACAGGUAAAUCAUCAGUCAUUAACACACUGAGAUCGAAAAAAGUGUGUAAAGUUGCCCCAAUUGCUGGCGAGACAAAAGUGUGGCAGUACAUUACUCUAAUGAAGAGGAUAUUCUUGAUUGACUGUCCUGGUGUAGUUUAUCCUUCUGCUGAAACUGACACUGAAAAGGUCCUGAAGGGUGUGGUAAGAGUUGAGCUGGUACAAAACCCUGAAGACUAUAUUGAGGAAGUGCUAAAAAGAGUGCGCAGGGAGUAUUUGGUAAAGACAUACAAGAUUGAUGGCUGGGAGAAUGCAACUGAAUUUUUGGAGAAAAUGGCUGCUAGGACAGGGAAAUUACUUAAAAAGGGAGAGCCAGAUGUUAAUCAAGUGGCAAGAAUGGUUCUCAAUGAUUGGCAAAGAGGAAAACUUCCUUUCUAUGUUGCUCCAGAAGGAUUUGAAGUACCCCUGUCAAAGCUACAGCAACAGCAACAGCCUGAUGCAACAGAACAAGAGAAAAUGGUAGAUGUUAAAGAUAAGGAAGGCACUGAACAAACAGCUGAAGAAGAAACUGGCACUGAAACUGAAGAAAAGGAAAUUGAAAAACCUGUGGUCAACAAAUUGGUCAUUGCACAAGAUUUUGCCAAAAUUAGGGUUGGGUUACAGUUUGACAAUGACGAUGAUGUCAAACCACUUGCAUCAUUUGAAAUUCCAGAGGAACUGAAAGGCAUUGAUGAAGCAAGUGUAAAUGAUUCCAAAAGCGAACCAAAGGAAGACGAAGAUAAUGAUGAUGAUGGUGAAAUAUCAGACCUUAGUGACAUUUAUAGUGAUUUAGAGGACAAUGAAUUUGCAGAAGAUCAUUUGACAAAUGAUUCUGAAACAGCUAAAGAGAUAAAGAGGAAGAAACUGGAAGCAGCCAGUGGUGCCUUCACUGUGACAGAAGUUACACAGAAAGGCAAGAAGCGAAAGGCCGGAGACACACCUGCAGCACCAGCUAAGAAGAUCACCAGCAAACAGAAGAGAGCCAUGGAGAGAGCUCAGCGACGCACCAAGACAGGAAGCAACUUCUAUGAAGUGUCUAAUAUGUCGUCAGGAAGCGAGAGUGAUGAUGAAUAUGUACCAGGAGAACCGGAGCAGGUGUCAGAAGAGGACUCUGCGGAUGAAGAAACUGACAUACAAUUCGAAAAAGAACAAGAACAGAAAGCAACAAAACGAAAAGUAACCACUGAAAAGAAGGGCAAGAAAAGACAGAAAACCACUAGAGCUGCUCGAGCCGCUACUCCCGAGGAAGAAGAGGUAGAAGAAGAAAAAGAAGAACUUGCACCUGAAGAACAAAAGAAAAGAGAGGAGGAUCUGUGGGCCAUGUUUCUGGAUGGCACUGACACUGUCAAGAAACCAGCUCCUAAGGAAACAAAUGUACCUAAAGAACCAGCUAAACCUACAGUGGAUGGAAAGAAAGACAAAGUAAAUGUUACCUCCAGCAAAUCUGAAGAAGACGCAAAAGCUAAGGAAAGAAGAAUAUUCGAGUUUGCAGGAGAAACUAUAGUGGUUGAAGACAAUGUUAUUAAAGAGAAAAUAAAAACUCCUGUUGCUGCAGCCGCUGGAAUAGUUCCAGUAAGCAAAAUUGGCGGUCCAUCCAGGAAGGGCAAAGGCUCCGGGGGUCUGUCCAGCAUUCUCGGACAGAUCGGCAAGAGCAACCAACUGUCUACGCUGGAGAAGUCCAAGCUCGACUGGCAAACUUACAAGCAGGUGGAGGGAGUGGCCGAGGAAGUAGAAAGCCAUAAUAAAGGAAAAGACGGGUACCUGGACCGCAAGGACUUCCUGGAGAGGGCCGACAUGCGCCAGUACGAACUGGAGCGCGAGCUGCGCAUGAGUCGCCGCAGCAACAGAUAGACUGUACCCACCAUUGUAAUCAUACGUCAUACCGCUUGCUCUCAAUAGAUAAGUAAUAACUA